GGCGGGGGAGCAGGAGGAGCGGAGCGGGGCGAUGUGGCAGCGCUCGGUGUGCGUGGGCCUGCUGGCCCUGGCUCUGGGCUACCUGUGCGUGCUGGGCCCCGAGCUGCCCCCCGCGGCCCUGCGGCAGCUCUCGGCCUCGCUGCUGGGGACGCUGCGCCGCGCCCGCUCGCUGGAGGCGCGCACGGUGGCGGCCUGGCAGGCGGCCAUUGUCCGCCCCGCGCGCGGCUGGGCGCGCGUCGCCGUCGGCGUCAACGCCUGUGUGGACGUGGUCCUGUCCGGCGUGAAGCUGCUGGAGGCGCUGGGUCUGGAACCGAGAGAUGGGAAGAACCACGCGGUGCUGAGCUCCAGGCAGGACCUGGGGGAGGCCUUCACCCACUUCAUGGAGCGAGGGGCGGCUGCCGAGCGGUUCUUCAGCGACACCGCGGCGUUCCGGGACAUCGCGCGGACGGCCUCGGAGCACCCUGCGGCACAGCUCUACGUGGGAGGAAACGCUGCUCUCAUUGGGCAGAAGCUCGCGACAAAUCCAGACCUGAAGAUCCUCCUUUGUGGCCCAGUUGGCCCCAGACUCCACGAACUGCUCGAUGACAACGUGGUCGUGCCACCUGAAUCCAUGCAGGAAAGAGAUGAAUUCCAUCUUAUCUUGGAGUAUCAAGCAGGUGAGGAGUGGGGCAAGGUGAGAGCACCCACUGCCAACCGCUUCAUCUUCUCCCACGACCUGUCCAACGGCGCCCUCAACAUGCUGGAAGUGUUUGUGUCCAGCUUGGAUGAAUUCCAGCCAGACCUUGUGGUGCUUUCAGGACUUCACAUGAUGGAAGGGCAGAGCAAGGAGGCACGACAGAGACGGCUGAUGGAGGCUGUGGCCUCCAUCUCCGAUAUCCCUACUGACAUUCCCAUUCACCUGGAGCUGGCCAGUAUGACUGAUCAGGAUUUUAUGAGCAACAUUAUGCAUCAGCAGGUCUUUCCCCUGGUGAACUCCAUCGGGCUGAACGAGCAGGAGCUGCUGUUCCUCACCCAGGCUGCCUCCGGCCCCCACGCCUCCCUGGGCUCCUGGAGCGGGAUUCCCGACGUGGGGGUGGUCAGCGACAUCCUCUUCUGGAUCCUGAAGGAGCACGGGAAGGCAGCGGAGCGGGCGUCCGACCUCACGCGGAUCCACUUCCACACCCUGGCCUACCACAUCCUGGCCACCGUGGACGGGCACUGGGGCAACCAGGCGGCGGCGGUGGCGGCCGGGGCCAGGGCCGCCGGCACCCAGGCCUGCGCCACCGACACCAUCGACACCAGCAGGGUCCUGCUCAAGGCCCCCCGCGAGUUCCUCACCUCCCACACGGAGGCUCCCGCCAAGAUCUCCCUGAACCCGGACGAGCCCGUGGUGCACUGGCACAGGGAGGGCAUCUCGUUCCACUUCACCCCCGUGCUGGUGUGCAAGGACCCCGUGCGGACCGUGGGGCUGGGGGACGCCAUCUCCGCCGAGGGACUGCUCUACUCCGAGGCCUAUCCUCAGUAGGAAACCAGGAACUCCUCCUUCUCCAGUGCUGCACGGUGUCUGAGACCCGUGGGUUGGGAUUUGAGGCAGUGGUGGCAUAGGAACAGAAUCGGGGUGUGGUGUGUUUUCUGGGUGUAACUGAAAAAGAGCCAAAGAAUAAUUCCAGGUAUAAACUGUCGGCACAUUCCAGUCACUGGGCAGUGACUCGAACACUUCUCGUGCGGGUGCAGAUGUUUUAGUAUUUAAUGUGAAAAUUGGCUUUGUCCUGAGCAGGGGGAGAGGGAGGCAAAGACCAAAAUCCCUGGCUGGUGUAGGUUUGCUGCUUGUAGCUCAGAAUGGAUCUUGUCUGGUAGUGCUGGGAAGUGCAGCAGGAGAAUUCCCUGCCUGCGGAUCCCAGGGAGAGCACAGCAGUGCCCAGCCCUGCCUUGCCUCUGGUAAAUUCCAAAUAAAAGGCUUGUGGCUUAUCUCCUCCCAGCACACUGCAAACCUUCCCUUGCCUGGGGCGAUGAUGGAAUUUUUGCCUGGUGAAAUCCCCAGAGGGAGCCACGGUCUAGUGGUCCCAAAAUGUGAUGCAGAGUGUACCUACUGCAGGCUGUGCAGGUGAUGCUGGGUAACUGAGCCCCAGCAGCCUGUGCUUAGCUUUUGGGAAAGUGGGAGUGAAGACAAUCGGGGUUUUUAUUUGGGGGACAGCUCUACUUCCCUGCCAAGUGGCCCCCAAAGUGUUUGCUGUACACUAAAUACCUUCUCUGCUGACAGCAGGGGCUUCCAGCUGCUGUGUUACAGAAAUGCUCUCGAGUGCUGGAGACUCGAUUUUGGUUGUUUGAGAGUGGUUGUGCCAAAUUCUUCAGUCUUCCUGCUCUCCAUUCAGAAGGGUUAAUAUAUUAGGGAAGGUCCCUCUGGAAGCUCAGAAGCUGUAACAGCAUUUUCCAGGUCAGACUGAAGUGAGGAGGCCUUUUUAGGGUUUGAUGUUGGAGGUUUUUUGACUAGGUCACCAAGAGUUUCUUUGCUCUGGCCUUUGAAAUUAAAAAAGCAGAACCCUGU